AAAUUCUUGUUCGAAAAAAAAAAAAUGCCAAUUGUCAAAAUUCCAGUUGUUCACAGAUUUGGGAUUGGUUCACACGGUCAGCAGUUAGAGCUGCAAAAAAGGAUUUUUAAAAAGGCUCAGGAAAUUGAAGAAGUCAACAAAGAAAAGGACGCUGUGCAUAGAAACCCGUUUGAAAUCACUGAAGAGUUUAUCCAGUAUUUUAACAAUGCACAGGAGCCUGCUGAGCAGGAAUACUUUGUGGACCUGGCCAGAAAAAUACUCAGCCGCAUCAAGCGUAGAGCUGGGUUGAGUUCACUCGGUUCAGGAAAUCAUGUUGAUCUACCGCUAGCCUGGUCAGAGCUGUUGUUACUGGCACUAUGCAGAGGUAAAAUACAAGAAGAAUCAUUAGAUAUUCUUCUAGUUUCUGUGGACCAUGCUCCAUUUGACCCAGAGCAACUGCCAGUCCUUUUCUACAUUGCAGAGUCCAUUUUAUACUGGGUAUGCAAUGAUACUGUGCACAAACCCUACCUGUACACCUGUGAAGUCAAGAUGCUAAAGCUUGGAUUUCUUGUCUUUAUGAGACUCUUUGUAUUUAAUCUCUCUGGGCACCUGGAAAAAUAUAAGAAGAAUAAAUCAAGCAUUAAAAAAUACUUGCAAGCUCUUGUGGAAUGUGAGCCUUGUUAUCAGCCCUAUCCAAACGUCCUUUUUGAUGUGCAAUUCAUAAUAAAGUCAGGAGAGAUCAUCUGUGGGUCAGGCACAUUUGUUAAUGGCUGUGGCACAUCAUUACUGUCCUCUGCAGGUUCACACCCCUCAGACAACGGUGAAUCUGGCCAUGGCAUUAAUCAAAUACUUUGGCAUUGCCUUCUCACCUGGUACUGUGUGCAAAACAACAUUCACCAGCUUAACCAAGUUCUACAGCAUCUACUACACCUUCGAGAGGAGCUUCGACAGAAAAACUGGGUUGAUUCUGUGUUGGGGUUGCUGGUGUUGGGGGAAGCUGCCAAAUUGAACAUGCAGUGCCUUCAUGCUUUACUGGACCUUUCCUUGGAACUUGUAGCACAGAGACCAGACUCUCUUCAAAAACAGGAAAAGGUAUCCGUAAGUGGUUUAUCUUCCUGCCCCUGUCAGUUGGCACACAUCUAUUCCACUGUAUUAGCAGACAUCUGUCUCCAUGGUUGCAACUCAGAAAUACAAAAAACUGCUCUGGUUGGUGUAAACCAAUUUUCAGGACAAAAACAUUUGAAUGAAACCGGAUUACUUUGCCUUCUAAAGACAAGGAAUCAAUCUGAAGAGAAAGCCUGGUAUGUACGUUACAGUGCUGUCCAUGCUGUGGUGAAGAUUUGCCAUCACUUGCAUGGAGACACAGCCCGAGAGGGUCUCAGGAAUGCAGCAUGGAAGGCCCUUCAGAAACAACAGAAUGACGAGAAGGAUGGCCGAGUUGUCGAUGCUGUCAGAGUCGCAGAGGCUGAAGUCAGUGGUCCAGCAAAUCCAUUCUCUAAUGGGAGUUUGAAAUUUCCAUCAGCUCCUGUUAACAGUGCACCAUCACAGCACGUUAGCUGUAGAGUUGCCUGCAUGCUGUCCCAGCUCUACCUCCCACCCACUGAUCCUCAUCUCUCACUCCUGAGAAGACCAACAAAGCAAAUACCUCCCCCCAGGACCCCACUUCCAAAGCAGCCAGCUGUGAAAAAGAAAGUGACACAUCUCUCCCUCAGAAAAGAAAUUCAGUUGGCCGAAGCUACUUAUAAACCCCCUACAAGCUUUAACAACAGGACAGAUAAUGAUCUGCUAAAGGUGGUAGAGGAUCAGUGGGCAAAAGAACUCCAGAUCAAGCUGAAGGAGGAAGAGGAAAAGGAGCGCGAAGAACUGGAAGAAAAACAGAAGCAGCAAGAGGAACUUUUCAAGGAGAUGAUGCGGAAAAGGGAAGAAAAGCUGAAAAAGAAAACCAAACCGUAUGAGCUUCCUGACAAAGAAUGUGCAUGAUGAACAUCUGUACCAGAGUAAUCACCACAAUUUCAGAGACUUUGUGUGGGUCAAAAAGACUUAUAUAAGAUCAAUGAUCACAAUAAUGAUUAAAUCAAUAGUUGCAUGGACUCAAGCAUUAGGGAAGGUGACAGACCUGCAGAGUAUUAUGGAUGUCAGCAGGAUAAAGUUGUUUUAAAGUAAAACUUAUGUUUCCAAUGGUAUUGCUUUUUGUAAUAGACAAAUUAACCAUUUUGGGUCCUUUUACACCAUGCCCUUGGGGCUGCUUUUUUUUUUUUUUCUUGUUAAAAUUUUUUUUUAAAAAUCUAGUUUAAUUUAAUCAUCGCCAAUGGUUU